AUGCAGCGCUCAUCUAAAGGCAACAACCUUCAUCAUCACCACCGGCUCUCUCUCCCACUCUUCCACACUCCCGACCACUGGUUCCACCACAACAAUCACCACGCCGCCGACGGUUGGGGCGUCUCGGUCGACCACGUUGACAGCCCGCCGCACCUGUUCCUUCCCCCGCGUCCGCCAGUUAACAGUUCGGGGACCGCAACUGCGGGGAUGGACCACCGCGAUCGCGACGUCAACGGCAACGUGGUCCAUGGGGACACGCUGCUCAAUGUCCCAGUCGCCGACGUCGUCGCGCGUCUAGGCGUCAACGUCACUGUCGCACACCAGCCUCACCAUGGUUCUGGCCUGUCUCCCCCGCCCAGCAAGCAGUCAUCUACAGAUACGAGUACUACGUCGCCCACGAGUCCUACAGGGGUCAUUGCGGGGCUCGGUGCUGGUGGUGGCCGAGCACGUACACGGCCUCCGAGCCCUGCCCAGGACCGAACGCCGCGCGCACGGUCUCUCUAUGACCAGCUUCCCGACGACGAGGAAAAGCCCGGCCGCGACGAGCAGGACAAGAUAGAAAAGAGGAAGCGCAAGAGUAGGCGCAGCUCGCGACUCGACUUUGACAGACGGAGCACGUACACGACCUACAGCAUCAAGGAUGACAGGGAGGACGCACCGCUCGUGGAGCGUGAGCGCGACAAGGACAUGCUGGGUGGGGAGCGGAGGGAGAGGAACAAGGACCGAGACAAGGAGAAGCGCGCGUCCUGGCACUCGUUGACCACCUGGCUGCCGCCCAACAAGCGCAAGAGUCUGAGCAUUGGUGUUGGUGCGGCGGGCACUGGUGGGCCUGGACCUGCGAGUACUGGUGCCGACAGCCCGAAAACCAGCCCCACGACGACCACGCAGAUCGUGCCAGAUGCACCGCGGACAGCAUCCCCGACCAACAUCCCCACUCCUCCUCCUGGGCUUGCAGUGUUUGAUCAACAGAACCAGCACCAACAACCGCAGAAGCCUUCGCCUGUCGCGCGCAUGCGACCGCCUCUGCCCAAUUUCACCGACCCGGCGCCUCCCUCGGCAAACCCGACUCCCCAUCCUUCGCUGGACGUCCACACUGAACCGCAGCCGCUGCAUGUGUACCCGCCCAGCGCCAGCUCGCAUGUCCCGUUAUCAGACACUCUUCUUCCCGCGGGGCAGCAGACGCCGGCGACGACGACGACGGCGGUCGUCGCUAGCCAGGUCUCGGGUAGCCUGCUCGAAUCGCCGGCGCCGCCACCUGCACCUGGAAUCGUGCCACCGGCAUUCACCCUUGGUGGAGGUGCGGGAUGGCUCCGACAAGCGCAAAUAGUUCUCUCCGACUGGUCUGGGUCACUCUUGCACAAACCGCCAGCAACAAUAACAACACCACCGCAUCCACCCGACCCACUACCCCCAGCACCAGCCACCACACCUUCACCAGGCGCGACGACUGCAGGAGACGCAGACGCAUCGCGGCCCGUCUCGCCCUCGCCCGUCUCGCCCGUCUCGCCCUCAGCCAUGUCGUCUGCUUCUCGUCCCGUCCUGGCUCGCGGCCAGGCUGUUGGGUCUGCGUCUCCGGCCCCACCGAGCAUGCACGACGCACUCGUAUCUACACUCACACGGCCCCUACCCCCCAGCCAUCCACCCACUCCGCCGCCCUUGUCUCGCAGCGCAUCGUCUCCCGGGCCGAGCGCCAUGACCGGUGGCGGUACCGGUGCUACCGGUGCGGCCCCGCAGCGCUCGGCGACCCACGGCGGUGACAACGAGAAAGGCGUCGCGGUAGAGAAGCUGCUCGCUGGCGCUCUCGAGGCCGAUGGCGAGCGCGUGACCCGCGCACUGAGGGACCAGAUCGAGGCCGUCCUCGCUGCGCAGGACGCUAUCGGUCGCGCGCAUUUGAGUCUGGAGGGUGUGGGAGCGCCGCCGGUGGAAGAGCUGGACAGCCCUCCAGACAACGAGAAGACGCCGGCGGCAGUGGAGGACAAGGCCGAGGUCACGCAUACCGAGGACAUUGCCAAGCCGGCGGCAGCGGCGGCGGCGGCGACAGAGGCGCCGAGCGACAAGGACACGGCCGUGCCGCCCCCCAAGACCAAGGAGGCGGCAAAGGAUCCCAAGGAGGUGGAGCGCGCCGAGGCGCGCCAGAAGGCAAGGGAGAAGAAGGCCGCCGCGGAGCUGAACCGGCGCGCCGCUGGCGUCGAGGACAUUAUGGCAAAACUAUCCACCCUCGCCGCCUCUCUCAAGUCGUACCACGCCCUCGGCACGCCGUCGUUGUCGUUUGCGCCGAACGCAAACGCUUCGCAGGCCCCCACCCCGAUCGCAUCCACGCGCAGCCCGCCCAGCCUCGCACACCACGCACCGGCGCGCUCCCUCUCGUCGCGCCACCCGGUCGUCACCAUCGCCCACCCGUCCGCGGCGGGGCUGGCCCCCAACCAUCGCCGCCUCGAGGGAGGCGAGCCCGUGACGCACUCGCCCAUGGUAUCGAGUCCGCUGGCCAUGACGCCCGGCUCGAGGACGCGCGCAGGUGCCGGUGUUGGUAUCCACGGCCACGGAGGUGGCGCUGGCAAUGGCACCGGCACUGGCAUGGGCAACCCCGGAGCAAGCCACACGCAGGACAAAGCAGCCCACCUGGGAGCGGCCCGGCGACCACAGCUGUGGCUGCAGCGCAGUGGGAGCGCCGGUGCCGGCGUCCCAAUUCAUCCACACAUCGGCAACAUUGCGGGCGAGCCGAUGACGAUGAGUCCAAGUGAAUUGGGACACCAUCGCCCAUGGUAG